CUCUCGCCCCCUUCCCUGCGUCUCCUUCUCCAGUUCGGCAAUGUCCUCUGGCCAGGUCCCCGGCGACGUGUACGGGUCGAAUCCUCGGCCAGCCGGCGGGGCCUUUCCACCCCCGCCGCCGGGGGUCCCCUACGCCGCCGGGGUGGGCGCCUCGCACCUGGGCGUCUCGGCCCCGGGCAGUGACCCGUACAUGCUGUCUCGCGGCCAGCCGGGCGCCGGGUUUGUGCCCGGCCCGGCGGCCGGCGGCCCGGCCGGCGCCUUCCCGCCCGUGGUCUACCCGGGCGGCAUGCGCGCCGGCGGCGCCGGCAUGGGCGGUGUUCCGGCCGGCCCACCGGCGCCCAUCCUGCCCAUGGGCGACGCGACCGCAGUUCACGGCCAAGUCCUCCCCCAGCACUUUGCCCUCGCGGCCCAGGCUGGAUAUCGCUUCCAUCCGCACAUGCAGCCCCCGGCCCCGCAUGCGGCCCCGCUCAUGGGCGGCCACUUCCCGGUCAUCCCCCCGGUGCCGGGGUUCCCCGGCGGAGGCAUGCUCGGCCAUGGGGCAGUAGAUCCGGCGGCGGCGGCGGCUGCGGCGGCGGCGGCGGCGGCGGCUGCUGCGGCGGCUGCCGCCGCGGCCGCAGCCUCCUCCCCCCUGCCAAACCCGACGGAUGGCUUUGGCGCCACUGGUGGUGCCGCGGCCGCGGCCGCCGCCGCCGCCACCGGGCCGCCGCCCACUCGGCCCCGGCCACGCCUCCGUGUCCUGGAUGAGGAUUAUCACCGGUUCAGCGAGAUCGGCAAGGGGACCUUCGGUGUUGUCCGGAGUGCGUACAACCGGCACACCGGCGAAAUGGUUGCCAUCAAGGAAUUCGUCCCGGCCCACUACGACGAUGGGUUUUCCCAAACAUCCAUUCGCGAAAUCAAGCUGCUCAAAUCCCUGAACAAUGUGCCUGGCGUCAUCCGCCUCUUGGAUGUCGCCAUUCGGAGUAACAAGGACAGCACCGUGUGUCUGGUGCUCGAGUACAUGGACUACGAUCUGGCGGAUUUGAUCCAGUUCAGCGGCAACAAGUUCGAGCUGUCCGAUUUGAAGUACUGGUCCAAGCAGCUGCUCGAGGUCAUGGAGGCCCUGCACGGCCGGCGCAUUCUCCACCGCGAUAUGAAGACCUCCAACAUCCUCAUCAACUCCCGGGGAGACCUGCGCCUGGCCGACUUCGGCCUGGCCCGCACCCAGCCCGUCGGCGAUGCCAAUGCCCAGCUCACCCCGACCGUGGUGACUUCCUGGUACCGGCCGCCGGAGCUGCUGCUCGGGGCCAAGCGCUACGACACGGCCGUCGACAUGUGGGGCGUCGGGUGUGUCAUUGGCGAGCUCUUCCUCCGGCAGCCGCUCUUCCGGACGAACCUCCACCGGGACCCGACGGCCCUCGAGCAGCUGGACGUCAUCGUCAAGAUGUGCGGCGUCCCCCAGCGCGAGGAGUGGAACUCCAUCAUGCACCUGGUGUCGUCGGAGGUGUGCCCCCACCAGGACCUGGCCCUGCCGAUGUCGGCCCCGCUGUGGGUUCCGAAGUCCGUGGCCGGGGCCCUGGAGAGCAGCGGCCCGGCCGCCGCCGCCACGCACCCCUUCGCCGCCAUCGCCACCACCUCCAUCCAGUGGUCCUCCAACCGGGUGCUGCGAACCCUGCGCGAGAAGCUCGCCCUGCCGGACGACCAUGUCCUGGCGCUCAUUGAUCAGAUGCUUUGCUGGGACCCGGCCAAGCGGCUGAGCGCCUCCAAGGCCCUGCGGUCCAGCUGGUUCACCACCGAGCCGCUGCCCACCCAGCCCGGCAAAUUUGUCAAUCAGUAUACGACGCGACGGCGCGAUGCGGCGGCUGCCGCGGCGAAUCCCGCAGCCGCUGCCGCGGCCGCCGCCGUGGCGGCCGCCGCCGCUGGCGUGGUCCUUGCCCCGCAGCCGGGGAUGGGUAUGCCGGCGGCCGCCGCGGCCGCGGCCGCUGCCGCCGCCGCCGGCAUCCCCCUGCCUGGGCACGUUCCCUUCUCCAUGAUUCCGCCUGUGGGCCACAUGCUGCCGCACGCGCAGCAGGUCCCCUUCAUGCAGGGUCAUCGCCCUGGAGCCGGGCCCACCGCGGGCCAGAUGCCGCCGAAUGGUGCCACCGGGGGGCCCGGUGCCGGCGCCGGCCCUCCGACGGGUCUCCCCUUUGCCCCGUCUUCCAACGCCCACGCCGCUCGGCAGCCCGGUGCCCCCGGCCUGGGCGGCUAUGCUACCCACUCCACCUCACAGCAGCUUCACCCGCACCAGCAGUCGGCGCACCAGCACCCACAGCACAACCCGGCCCAGCACCACCUCCACCAGCAGGCCCAGGCCCAUGUCCAGGCCCAUGUCCAAGCUCAUGUCCAGGCCCAGCAGGCCCAGCUCCAGCAGCAGCUCCAGCUCCAGCAGCAGCAACUCCAGCUCCAGCAGGCCCAGUUCCAGCAACAGCUUCAAGAGCAGCAGGCCCAGCUCCAGCAGCAACUCCAACAGCAGCAGCAACAGCAACAGCAACAGCAGCAACAGCAGCAGCAGCAGCAGCAGCAGCAGCAGCACCAACAGCAGGCCCACGCGACUGCCAUGCCGACAUCCAUCGCCGGAGGAGGGAGUAAGCUGCCGCGUCACCCGGCCCCGGGGCAGGUCCCGCACCCUCACCACGCGCGCCCGGUCGACGGCGGGCCGCGGUCCAUCGCCUCCGGCUCGUCCGCCCCCAAGCCCACUUCGAUUGCCGGGCCCGGGGGAGGGCCCAUGGCCUGGGGCGGCGGGGUUGCCGGGCCGGGCCGCGGUCCCGGCGGCCAGCCCACGUCCCUGGCCCCGGCAAACAACUACCCGCCGCCAGACCGGCCACAGCUGGCGCGCGAAGUCUCCCGCAAGCGGGCUCUCGAUGAGUCGAGCGAAAAUUCCUCGCCCGCGAAGCAAACCUACCGGCGCCCGCAGUGACGAUGACACCACAUUGUUCGGCCGGGCCUGGGCGAAGGCCAUACACACCUUUGCACUGCCUCUGCCUUCUUUUCCCCUUCCCAAAAAUAGAUACAAUCCCCACCAGAAAUACAUGCCCUUUGCCGUGGCGGUGGGUGACAUA